AGACGACGCCAGGACUUGUUGAAACCUUCUUUGGUGUGGCGUGGCGGCUUACAGCGGGAAUAUGGAGGUGUGCAUGCUUAGUGUGCACAGUUACUAGCAAUGUAUGUAUCGCAAUGUUGUAUAUGCAGUAAAAAAUAUUGUGUGCAGAGAAAAGUAAGCAAAUAUGAAGUAUUACACGUAUAUUUGGUCCUUAAAUAGUGAUGGCCAUGACUGACCGGGAAAGAAGCUCAUUUUGGCGUUAUGGCGUAUUGAGAUAUUGUUAGUGUGUAAAUAGAUGGAAAAUUUAAUGUUUCAUAUACCUUGCUACUGAAAGUGCAGUAAACAUAGCGAGUUAUGCUAUAAUGGACAUGUAUCCGGUCCUCAACACAACGUACUCUGGAUGGUGGCCCAGACAGAAUCCAGUACACCUGCAGAGCAAAGGAAGGAGGACCAGUUCAGGUGAAAGUGGUCAUAUUCACCAGGGAGCAGAAAAGGAAAGUAUUUCAGGAUGUUCAUGACUCCAGUAGAGGAGGAGCUCACAUGGGCAUCACUAAGACUAUUGCCAAAACUACAGAGAGAUUUUAUUGCAUAGGCAUUAAGAAAGAUGUAGUGAAUUGGACAGGUGAGUGUGACUGACGUCAGAGAUCUGAAAAGAUGAAAACUGUAGCACCAGUCCUGAAUCCUAUUAAGAGUGAAGGCCCUUGGCAGAUGGUUGAUGUAGAUUUGAUGGGGCCCUAAAAGAAACUCAGUCUGGCAACAAGGACAUCCUUACUUUAACAGACUUACACUCCAGAUUUAUAGAGGCAUUUCCACUGCCUUCAAAAUGUGCUGAUCUGGUAUGUGAUGUAUUGCAGAGUAUUUUCCACUGUUCUGGUCCCCCAGAGAAAACCUUAACUGAUCAGGGAAAGGAAUUCUGUAAUACAUUAAAUGAUACUCUUUUCCAUUGUCCAAGUGAAGCACCUUGUAACACUUGCUUGCCACCCCCAAACUAAUGGCCAGGAUGAGAAGACCAACCAGACACUGAAGGGCUCUUUAACUAAAUUGGUAAAUGAGAAUCAGAAUGACUGGGACAGACACUCGGAGGCUGCUCUGUUUGGUAUAUGAACAUCAAUGCAAGCUUCAAUAAAGUGUUCUCCCUCUUUCUUGAAGUUUGGUAGACAGCCAACACUGUUUGUUGAACAGCACCAAAAUGAUCUUCAUGAAAAAGUUGAUAUUUUAGAAUUCCCAAAUUUGAGCCCCUCAGAUGAGUCAGUGGAAUCAAGAAAGAGUAGCUUGACAGCCAUAAAAGAAAAAGUUGGCAGUCAUGUUGCUAAAGCACAAGCUGAACAAAAGAAAUAAUAUGAAAUGAGGAAAGCUAAAGGACAUAAGUCAUUUGACUUUAAGAUUGGAAUGAAAGUUGUUGUAAAGAAUAAUAAAAAGCAAGGAAGGAAAGGUUCCUGGCUUGAGGAGGACUGGCUUGGGCCUUAUGACACACCCAGCAUCUUAGAUAACUUUGUACAAAUCACCACAAAUGGAAAACUUCAAAAUAAAACUGCAUUAAUUCACAUUAAACUUUAUAAUUCCCUCAGUAGGUACUGCACAGGAGCAUGCACAACUUUGUGGCCAAAUGCUGCUGCCAUCAGCUGCAGGGAGUGCUUCUGCAGUCUCUGUCUUUCCAGAAUCCAUGGCAUCUGGGGAGGAGCCUGGAGAGGACAUUCCCCCAGCCACAGACCAUGCUGGUGUGAGGCAGCAGCCUGAGGUGCUCCUUUGUGAAGGGUCACACCAUAUCACUCCCCUUGAUGUGCUCCUUUGUGAAGGGUCACACCAUAUCACUCCCCUGCCUCUCACCACUGUCAGUAAGGAAUGCAUUUCAGAAUCCUCAGCAUAUGGGGAGAAGCCUGGAGAGGACACUUCCCCAGCCACAGACCAUGCUGGUGUGAGGCAGCAGCCUGAGGUGCUCCUUUGUGAAGGGUCACAGCAUAUCACUCCCCUGCCUCUCACCACUGUUGGGAAGGAAUGCAUUUCAGCUGACUGGCUGGCUAUCUGGCUGACUAGUCCACUGUGGGAUGGCUGGCUGGCUGGUUGGCUGGGUGACUCCUCAAGGGCAGCUGUCCCAUCUCUCAAGUGGCCACAUUUUGCAGGCGUCCCCAACCCCUCCCGCCCUGAGUGAACACACCCCCAGACAAAGCCUCUAAUGGGGCCAAGGGGAAGGGAGCAGCCUAGGCCCCUUGCAAUGCUGAGAGAGGUGCAGCCAGCAAGGAGGCAAGUGGCUCAUCUGUCAGUUCUAACCAUGAGGAGCUGGUGUGCACCUACCACGCCCACAGCCACACCAAUGGAGGGCCAACGACACCCAAGUCUGGCCGGUGUGGGUGGGAGUGCAGCUGAGAGUGGUGGUGUGAUGAGUGUGGAGGCUUAAGGCUUAUAGGUGUGGUGACAAGUAGUGAGGUCACCACUGAAUCUGACACACCUGCUGAGCCUGACCUGGUGUCUUUCUGUGCUACCCUGGGCAACAACCGAGCCCUGCGAGUCCCUACCCUCUUCAAGCCAGACGGGGACUACCAGACUGUGGCUGACAUGGUGGGUGGCAGUCACUCCAUUACAGAGUCAACUACCAGUCACGAGAAAGUUUGGACGAGGCCAGAAGUGCGUCAUCCCACCGCAGGUCACGGGGACAGGAACUGCAGGCCAGGCAGGGUCACUGUCCCUCCCACGGCGACCCGGAUUAUAGCUAUGCUCACCCUGUGAAGAAGCAGUACCUUCCCCCACCCCUCCACUGUCCUCCACUGACAGCAACAGGUGUAUGAGUUAGUGAUAGUGAGGUCACUGACAGACAGACUCGCCAAAUUGUUCAUUAGUAAAAGUUCCAUGGCCACUAAGUUUGUAAUCUGCUUCUGUGUUUGUAUCUUUCCAGCCUUUUUAUUCAUUGAUGUACACUUUUGCCUUUCACUGCUUCCUCCUGUAAUCCAUUCUAUAUCUUUAUAUAUUUACAUGGAAAGAUAUGUUUGCAUUAUUUGGACAUUCUCUCUCUCUCUCUCUCUCUCUCUCUCUCUCUCUCUCUCUCUCUCUCUCUCUCUCUCUCUCUCUCUCUCUCUCUCUCUCUCUCUCUCUCUCUCUCUCUCUCUAAUAUUGAGGUUCAUCUCUUGUCCAUAACAAAAGGGCAUUUCUGUCUGGUUCCUCAGGUUGGUUGACUAACCCUAAAGCUGCAGGGGUUUUCACACAUUUCUCCAUUCCAUAUGUCUCUACUCCUUUGUGGAAAGAUGUGUGUUAUUUAGGAAGCUCUCUUCUGUCCAAGUUUCUUUUCAUCUUUAUCAUCAUGUGUCAAGUCAUCCAGUUCUGGCACUAUCUUAGUGGCUGUUCUUUGUAUUCUUUCAAAUCUCUACAUGAAACAUCACCGAAUUAAUUAAGCUUAGCAGAAAUUAUGUAAUGUGCCCUACUGAUGCUGGUGUGAAGGUGAGGUGUUUGUAGUGAGCCGUGUGAUGCCUUCCCCAGUGCUGAAUAUGGAGAGAGCAGCCAGGCGACACCAUACACUGGAGUUUUCUGAGGAGGAGUGCGACCACCCCUUCAUCAAGCAAGCAGGAGUGGAGCCUCUGGAGCAGCUGAUGGCUGACCUGGAGCUGGAGAAGAUGGUUCAGGAUGCCAGCAAGACAGCUCUUUGACACUUCCAGUAGUGGUAGAAUCCUCCCAUCACCACCCUCACUCCUCUGCCACUGCUGACCACAACACUGAGGCUGUAUUCUUCAGGACCUGAUUGUUGCUUGGACUUGAGGCUUCCCUGCUUGGGACUGGCAGUUCUGCAAAUGCUGUUAGUGACAGCAUCCGUAGGACAACAGUGUAGGUGGUGUCCUCUGGAGGUCCUUCACCUGCAUGGAGCUAAGUCCACCUGUUGUAAUACUUGAAUGCCUUUCUUCAACCAUCUUGAAUUAGGAACAUCUUGCAACAACCACAUACCAAACAUUCCACAGUCAUUACAAAUAUUCUUUAUACAAGCUAACCAUGGAGAAGUAUAAAGCCCUAACCUAUCCAGCUGCAAUAGACAUUGGUACAUUACAUAACACAAUUUAGUAUUUUUACCUGAAAUUAGCCUAGACCAAUAACCUAUCAUUUUUUCUUUAUAUAAAUAUCAAGUGGAAAUACACCCAGUUCACCAUACACCAUGUCAUUACAAGUAUUCUUAUGAACACCCAAAACCUGUUUUAGAAAUUUCAUGUACAUAUACUCUAACUCCCUAGCAAUAUGGUAACCCCAAAUUUCAGAUGCAUAAGACAAUAUAGGUAACACCGUGGCGGUAAAUAAUUCGAGUUGUAUAUCCACUGGCAAGUCAAACUUCCUACACUUACUUAUUUAUUAAUGAGUACAUUGCUCCUGUGGCUGUCUCUUUUAGCUCCAGCUCACCUUUGUGAAACCUCCAAUUAUAAUUUAAUAACACUCCAAUAUACUUAUACUCUGUCACUACUUCAUUGUUUUUACCACCAAAUUCCAAUUCAUAGAUAAAUUUUCUCUUCCCUACUUUUGUUUUGUUACAAUUUAGCUUCAAUUUCCAUUCAUUACAAUAUAAAUUCAGAGCAACCAGUGCCUGCUUCAUUCCAUCCUCACUGUCACACAAAAUAACUGUAUCAUCUGCAUACAUAAUAACAAAUAGUUUAAGGUACAUGUUUAAGAAAUCAUCACCAAAAUUUACAUAACUGCAAUUAUAUUCAAUUAAUUUACUUUCAAUAUCAUUCAAAUAAAAAGCUAAAAGCACUGGUGAUAAAUUUUCCCCCUGUCUUAACCCUACAUUGCAAACAAAGGUGUCUGAAAUCUCCUGGUUAAGCAUGACACAUGAUUUGAUAUUAUCAUACAUAUUUUUUAUUACAUUUAGAAUUUUCCCUUGCACCUUUUCCUUCACAAGCUUACACCAUAAACCUUCACGCCAUACCAUAUCAAAGGAUUUCUUGUGAUCAACAAAUAAACAAAAUAGCUUUCUCUUUUUCCAGUUAAAUAAUCAAUUACACAUUUCAACAAAAAUAUAUGAUCCAGAGUGGAAUAUCGAUGUCUAAAGCCCGCUCGUGUUUCAUUAAUGAUAGAUAAGGUGUUUGAAUAAUCAUAAGUCUUUCAUUAAGUAUGGAGGUGAAGAGCUUCCCCAUGCAGCUAAGUAAGGUGAUGCCCCUGUAAUUACUAACAUCCUGGAUGUCUCCCUUGUUUUUAUAGAGUGGCACUAUUGUACCCUGUUUACAACAGGAAGUGUACUUUGUAUCUUACAUUUAAUUCUUGCAUGUAGUCCACAGUGUACAUCAGUGUGUGUGUAUUAACCUAGCCGUAUUGUACAGGGCACGAGCCAAAGCUCAUUUUGUCCUGUCUCCAUAACCAUAUUUAUCUGGUUUGUCUUUAAACACUGUUAACCACAACUACUUUUUCCUUCAAAUCAUUCCAGAUUUCAAUAGUUCUAUAUGGGAAGCUGUAUUUCUUGACGUUGCUUGAACAUACACUCCUUUAUUUUCUUCCCAUGCCUCCUUGUCUGUCUCUCUCCCUGCUCCAUCUGUGGUGCCAAGUCAUUUCUGUCUGUUCUUUCUGUAUUGUUUACUAUUACUAAUUUGUACAUUGUUAUCAGGUCUCCUCUUUCUCUUCUCCCUUGUAGUGUUGGUAAUCCCAUCUCUUCAAGUCUUUCUUCAUAGCUUAAGUCUUUUAAUUCUGGUACCAUCUUUGUCGCUAUCCUCUGUAUUCUUUCCAGUCUCCGUAUGUCUUUUUUUCUAUGUGGAGCUCAAACUACUGCUGCAUGUUCAAUUUAGGAUGUAUCAUGCUUAUUAUAACUUGCUUCAUAAUUUCUUUAUCUAAAUAGUUAAACACCACCCUAAUGUCUAUCAACAAGCU